AUGCUUGUUUCACCAACAACAACUGAUUAUGGGAUGUCAAUAACACGAUCAUCUUCUGUGCAUCAAUCAGUUUAUGCACGUAUGCGAAUUUUAAAUAUAUGCGAACCAUCACUUCCCUCGAGAGAUGUUGUAAGACGAGAAAAUUAUGCUAGAAGAAAAGGUCAAGAAUUUCAAGGUUGGGCUUGUCCAAGAACUAUUCCUUAUCAAGACAUUGAACCAGAUAAAUUAUCAUCAAAAGCUCCAGAACCGAUUAGUAAUGAACCAUCAAUAGAAAUAACUUCUAUAAAAUCACCAUCAAGAACAUCAAAUAGUGGGAGCAUAUCCAGCCGUAUAAAAUCAGGUUCUGUUGUACAAGAUGAACAUUUAGUACAAUUUGAAAAGAAUAUUCGACAUUUACAAACAGUUCAACAUCAGCAUAUGCGAAAAUCAAGUGCUAUUCUGAGAAAUGUACAACUUGGCGGGGGUGUAAAAGACAUCGUUGAGAAAUAUUCUCGUGAGAAUAGUAGCCGUGCGCAAAAUGCUGAUUUGAAUAGAUCACAUGGUGCCAUAAGCGGUGAAAAAGAACACAAUCCUAUAUAUGAUAGAUUGCUUGAUGAUUUUGAAGACGAUGAUAUGGAUGGAUCAAGGUAAGUCAUGAUAAAUAUAUAUUCGAGAAUAUAUAUGUUGUCUAUCACAGUGUGAGUGGUAUUCGAGAAGAUAUUAUGUCACCCAGAACACUUAUAAA